GUCUCAAAGUAGAAAUCCAAGUGAUAACUUCUCAAUUGUGCGGAGCAAAAAAGUCGAUUUGUGCAAAAGCAAAUAAUAUAAGAGAACAGCAGAAAAGUUGACAAGUGGAAACGUAGUAAACAUUAAAAGAAAAUACACCCAAAAAGAUAACCAAAAUUUGUUUCGGCAAAUAAUAAUUUUUCGUGAAUAAAUCAAUAAAUUUGUGUUAAGGAGUCCAUAAAAUGGCUGAUGCUAACAAGAGGAAUAUCCCCAUCAAAUUGGGCGACUUCAGCAUUAUCGAUACAGAAUUCUCGAGCAUUCGUGAGCGCUUCGAUGCGGAAAUGCGCAAAAUGGAAGAGGAGAUGAACAAGUUCCGGCAUGAGUUGAUGUCGCGCGAGGCAAACUUCUUCGAGUCCAGCAGUUCUACUAAAAAGACAACGACUACAACCAGCAGCAGCAGCGCACCAAACUCACUCUCCCGUCCAGCACCCAGACAGAACUACAUCUCUGACAUUAGUUCACCACUCAUUCAGGAGGAUGGCGAUAACAAAAUGCUGAAAUUGCGUUUCGAUGUGAGCCAAUACGCCCCCGAAGAAAUCGUUGUCAAGACUGUGGAUCAGAAAUUGAUGGUAAGUGCCAUUGGAUUGGAAAUA